AUGGAAGUCCCAAGUCCUAAUUGGAAAGUCCAGGACCUCCUUUACGGUAAACAUGACAAGUGGACACGUAUUACUCUUGCAUGCAAAGGGAAAUGUUUUCAGAUAGAGAUCUCACCGGAGAACUUUAUGCAAUCGUCAUCAUCUUUCCAGAUGUAUAGCCGUUAUAUCGACCUCAUGUAUGACGACGAAAAUGCAGCUGAGACAGCAGAGGAUGAUCUCUAUGACUGGGCUUUGGCCCCGUUCUUGCCAAUCUUCGACCAAGUUGAACCCUCGCUCAUAACCGGAAAAACGGCCACGCUUCGUGAUUACCUCUCUCCUGAAAUAUAUUACUUCCAGCUAUACUUCGUUGAUGAGAGGAUGGAACCCCGUUAUGACUAUGAAGUUCGAAGGACGCUGCGGGAACCGGGUGUUGAUAUAGGCGACUUCGCUCUUCACCCAAACUGGGGUAAGUUCACACCAGAAAUGGUAGAACAGUGCCUCAGCGAUGGCGAAUAUGGCUAUUCCAAGCACCCAAGGAAGGUCUGUGUCGAUGGCAAGCUAUGUUUCCUAAAGGAAUCUCACACAAAGCGAGGACUUCUGCACUGUGAAAAGCUCACCCUUUCGUGUGCAUUACAUGACGAAGUCACAUUUGCACAACAGAAGAAAUGGGAGGAGCAGAUUACUACGACUGUGGAUUUGCUGCAUCGGGCUGAUAUUAUCUGGGGAGAUGUGAAGACGGACAAUGUGUUGAUAGAUAAGAAUGAAGAUGCGUGGGUGAUCGACUUUGGUGGUGGAUAUACGGAAGGAUGGGUGGCGAAGGAGCAUAUGGAGACAAUGAAAGGUGACGCAGAAGGCCUUUCUAGAAUAAUGGAGAGGAUAUACUCGAACGAUGGUAGUCAGGAUGGGGGGCAGGGGAGUCAUGAGGAAGAGGUAGCUAAUGUGACAGAGGGAUGA